AUGGUUAAAUCAACUAUAGCCUUAUUAUGUAGAAGUACAUCGACUUUUAAAAAACGCAAAGUCAACGAAACACCUGAGCAAUAUUUAAAACAAAUUACACAUUUGUACUUGAAUGGUAAAAGCUUAGAUGAAGUGGGUCAUGAAGUCAUACUUUGUCAACAUUUAAGAGUUCUCUAUCUGUAUGACAAUAAGUUGAAAUCAAUACCACAGGAUUUGAAUUUCUCCCAAUUAACACACUUAUAUCUACAGAAUAAUCAGAUAAGUCGUAUAGAGAAUUUGAAUGCAUUAGAAAAGCUGGAAAAACUUUUCCUGAGCCGAAAUCAUAUCAAUUUAGUUGAAGGUCUGGAAGGGUUGAUCAAACUACAAGAAUUACGCGUGGAUAAUCAAUACUUGGAUCCUGGUGAAAGUUUAAUUUUUGACGAUCGCAGUCUAAAUGCUAUAGCUGAUAGUCUGGUACGUUUGGAUGUAUCCGGGAAUAAGUUGGACAGUCUAAAGGGUUUAAAUAAUUUGCACGCUUUAAUCUUCUUGAAUGCAUCUAAUAAUUCUGUUAAAUCGAUUAACGAUUUGUCGAAUUCACUAAACAAAUGGCCAGAUUUAAAAGAAUUAAACUUAUGUGGUAAUCCAGUUAUGAAAGCAUCUCGCGCAAGGAAUAUUAUUAUUGUGAAUUCGAAAAGUCUCGAAAUAUUAGACGAUAAGGUUAUAACUGGACCGAAUCGACGAUUCUUAGAAAAUUGGGAUCAGUAUAAAAGUUUUAAUUGUAAUCUCUCAGUAAAUGAAGACAAACUGGAAUCGCCAAGCGAAGAAAAAACUUAUGAAACUGUAUCCUACAUCCCAACCCAUUUAAUUAACCAACUUCAAUUAAACUUGACGAUAGCUCAAGACAGAGAUGAAGUACAGCUGACAGUUAAUAAAAAAGAAAAACAACAAUUGGAAUAUAAAAAUCAACUCAAACUGACAGACUCUGUCAGAAUGACAAACAAUAUUCUGGGGAUAUUCAAUUUUCAACUGACUCAAAAUCUAGACUACUACUGCCGGGUGAAUAAGUUAAAGAAUCUUCAGCAAAUGGUGAACUACGAAAAAUUGUUGUACAUACACUGGCAUUGUAAUGGAUUUGAAGACAUCAAAUGA